UAGUGCUGGAGCGCAAUGGCGGUGUGCCGGGGAUCCGCUUCAAGAUGGUGCUUCACCCGGGAUCAGCUUGAAACCACGCCGUCCCGCCGCAGUGGAGUGGAACCGGACAGGGAGCUGUCGUAUAGACAGCAGGCGGCUAACCUCAUUCAAGAUAUGGGCCAGAGACUGAACGUCUCCCAACUUACAAUUAACACUGCAAUUGUUUACAUGCAUAGAUUUUAUAUGUACCAUUCUUUCACAAAGUUCCACAGAAAUACAAUUUCUCCAACCACCUUAUUCUUGGCUGCAAAGGUUGAGGAGCAACCUCGGAAACUUGAACAUGUAAUUAAAGUGGCACAUGCCUGCCUAAACCCUCAAGAAGCCCCGCUAGAUACAAAGAGUAAUGCAUACCUCCAGCAAGCUCAAGAGCUGGUGAUACUUGAAACCAUAGUGCUGCAGACAUUAGGGUUUGAAAUAACAAUUGAGCAUCCGCAUACUGAUGUUGUGAAAUGUUCCCAGCUAGUGCGAGCAAGCAAGGAUUUGGCACAGACUUCCUAUUUCAUGGCUACCAACAGCCUGCACCUCACCACGUUCUGCCUGCAGCACAAGCCCACGGUCAUAGCCUGCGUGUGCAUUCACCUGGCGUGCAAGUGGUCCAACUGGGAGAUCCCCGUCUCCACGGACGGAAAGCACUGGUGGGAGUACGUGGACCCCUCCGUCACGCUGGAGCUGCUCGACGAACUGACGCACGAGUUCCUGCAGAUUCUGGAGAAGACGCCGAGCAGAUUGAAAAGAAUACGGAACUGGAGGGCCACACAAGCGGCCAAGAAGCCCAAAGGCGACGGGCAGUCGACGGACAGCAUGUAUCCCGGGCCCUCGUUGUUGCAUGACUAUUCCACGUCGGACAGCAUUCCCGGGGUUUCGGCCAGCGCGGCGUUCCCAAAGGCGGCCUCCUCCGCCUUCCCCGUGGGCCUGUCGCUGGACAGCCUGGGCAGCGCGCAGGGCAUCCCCUACACCUUCACGGCCCCCAGCGACUGGCCCCAGGAGGCCCCUGCCGCCCACAGCGCCGACUUCCCCCAGGCCAAGCAGGACCACAAGGCGGGGGCCCCUGGGGCCAAGCACCAGGCCCCCGUCUUCUUCCCCCCUCCCGUGGCCCCCUCCCAGAAACUGUCUCUGGACAAGUACAGGGAGAAGCAGGCGACUGAACUGGCCGCGCAGAAACGCAGGCAGGACCAGGGCCCGGAGGCGGACCCCAGGGACGCGUACCCGCCCUCCACCCUGACGGACCCUGCCCCUCACCGCAGGAAGCCCCAUGCCCACCCUCAGCAGGCCCCCGGCUGCAGCUCCACCCCCACCGCCUCCCCCCACAAGACUAAGGCUGCCCUGCAGGGCGGGGAGAGGCGGGACAAAGCCAACGCCCUGAAGCUGCGCAUCCCGGUCCCAGCGGCCGACCGGGACGAGCUGAAGAUGAAGGUGAAGCUGUCUUCCUCGGAGCGACACAGCUCCUCAGACGAGGGCGGGGCCAGGAGCAAACAUUCCAGCCCCCUGGUGGCCAGCAAGGAGAAGCACAGGGAGCACUCCUCGCACCGGCACCAAAAACACGGACACGGGCACCCGCACCAGCACAGCGGGAACGGGAGAGGGGCCCCCGACGGGCCCUCGGCGGGAGCGGCCCUCAGGAGCCCGGUAGGUUGUAGCAGCGAGGCCGGGGGCCCGGGCGGAGGCUCUUCUUCCUCCUCCCGGAAGAGGGGGCACCCCGACGCCAGUCACAACCACCACUCCAAAUCAAGCAAAAGUUCCAAAAGCGCAGGUAGUGCCUCUCAUUGUUCCUCUGUAAAGCAGUGUGUGUCCUCUGGCAGGUGUGAUCUUAACCUACCCUUCCCCCCUCCUCCCCCUGUCACACACCAGGGCUACGGACCUCUCAGCCGCCUAGUGAAACUGGACAGGAGGCCAGCGGAGAGCCGCGGCCCUGAGGGCGCGGGCGGCCAGCACUCGGACUACAGAGACACGUUUCACACGCGCGGUUCGCUGUUCAGUGUCCACGGAAUGCACUCGUAGGUCCAGGACCCAUGCGCGGAUAGCGACGCAAAAUCAGGCGGGGGAGAGGGGGGCGGGGUUAACCGUAGGUCAAGUUAAAUAAGAAAGGAAAAAACACAGAACGGACAAAAAACAUAACUGCCGUACCGCUGGUUAUCGCCCCUCUAUCCAUGAUUGCUGCUUCGUCCUUCGUUCUCUGGGGUGGGGUGGGGGUACAUUAAUCUCCACACAAAAAAGUAGUAUUAUAAAUACUGUAAAGGCAUGAAAGGUGCAAUUUCUUUUUUUUUUUCUUUUUUUUUUUUUCUUUUCAAAUUUAAGAAUAUAUAUUAUUUAAACAGUAUUUCAGCGUCUGGAAACUUCCCACAAGAGUGGCCGCUUCCAAUCAUUCACGGUGCCUUGCACUGCCGAACGCACGGGUCAAACACUGCAGCCAUGAAAAUGGAUUUUCAGUUGCGUAGUUUGUCUUUUUUUUUUGUUUUGUUUAAGUAUAUAUAACUUUAUACUGUCUGUAUUAUUUGCAUGUUUCAAUCACAAAGGGAAAAAACAGGAGACUGACAACUGUUUACAGAAAGUGGAGCAAAAUGUACAUACAUUUUUGUAUGUGAACUAUACUAUAAAUACUCAGGUUUGGAGCUGCUUGUACGUAUAACAGAAUUAUAUAUAUAUAUAUCUAUAUAUAGAAAAGACUAUUGUCACAUGGUGUGAGAGUCUGUUGGUGAUUGGUUUGCAGCAUUCCAGCAGGGUGACUAGCCUGCCCAGGCGGCUUGUAGGGCCCAUUUUGUUUUGGGCAAUCCAGACUCUACCAAACGAUUCCAGUCUCUACCAAACGAUCACUUGGCUUGGCUUGAGGUCACGCCAUUUCUACAAUAUCAGUGACCUCCCGAGACCUUGAGCUGAAUGCCAAAGGCUGUGCCUCAGUUUGAAAUUUGGACAGUUAUAGGACUAUAAAGUUUACAUAAUCUUUGCUGUGAAGUGCAUUUAAAAAAAAUCUUUCUUGGCUUGAUGCAGUAGCCUAGAUUCAAGAGCUGUAAAUCGAUGAUGAUAACAUAGCAUUGUCUUUUUGAGAAAAUGGGGUAAGAGCCAUUUUGCGCCAUACUUUGUAGGUCAGUUUCCUACAUAAUGCGAUGUUUUCAUUCCUAAUGCAGAUUAUCGUUAUAGACCGAUUUAGUCCUCAGUUGGUGUGUGCAGUUUGAAAUAAAGCCAAGAACGUACGUUCCUAAUAAUGGUAGUAAUUGUACUCCUCAAUGCAAGUUUAUGCAUAAUGCAAAUCUUGACAUCCACACGUUUCAAAUCUAUGAAUAAAUAUUAAGGUUUUAAUUUACCUUAAAA